AUGACGUCACCCCGUGGCCCUGCGCCGGGCGGGCACAGGUGCCAGGCGCGCAGACCUUUCUAUCUGGGUGCUAGGAGCGGAGGCCCGGCCCCGAGACAAACCCUGAUGGGCUUCAUUUCCCUCCUGGUGACGGGUCUACGUGUCCGAAGCCAGUUCCAGGGCGGGGAGGACGGUGGGGGCGGCUCCCUUGCCCUCCUGGGCGCUGAGUGUCGGCCUGACUGCAGCCAGGACCGCCAUCCUGUGACCCCAGGAGGAAGGACGUCUGCCUGCUGCAGGCGGGGAGGUAAAGAGCAGGGAGGGCGUCCAUGCUCUGGACGCCGGGGCUCCACCUGGAAAGCCAGCCUUCCCGUGCGUGCGAUCGGCGGCUCCCUGCGGCCCCUCCCUCCUGCAGCAGGACGCUCUGGGCCUCAGCGCCCUUGUCCCCUUUCUCGGGAACGCGCCACCUCCGUCCGUGUCACCUACCGCUCAGCCGAGAAGGGCGGGGACGGCGGGCGCGGCGGAGACCUUACGUCCAGACCCGCGUGCGCGCAGGCGCAGCACGGUCCCCACGCGCCCUCCGCGCGGUUUGGUGCCUGCGGGCCGCCGUACGGUCGGGCGUCUCCAUGGCGACCGCGUGAGCCCCACCGCCUCCGGAAGGCCGCGUCGCCAUGGCGACCGCGUGCGCCUGCGGCCUGUAUUGUUCCGCUGGGCCCUCCGCUCCCGGGGCGGGCGGGUGAGGACGGGCUGUGGGCUGGUACGGGGACCCAUUGGGAGAGGCUGGGGGCGCCGGGUGAUGGGAGGUGGGGCGCACUGGAGACUCUGGGACACCGCGCGCUUGCGGGCCCGGAGCGCCGCCUCCCUGCCCCCGCGCGGCCCGCCCCGCCCGGGCGAGGACCCAUCGGGAGAUGCUAG